CCUUCAGGUUUCACUUGAGCCAGCUAAGAGGCGAGUCGAGCGCAUGGUUCACCUCCGACGCUCGGAGUCGGUGCCAUCGGUCAUCAAGGAUCCUUACUACCGGCUCAAGGCCAGGGGAAGGCGUGCAGGGUUCAAUAAUGAAGCGAAGCUCAGCGGCCAAUUCAUCCCUCAAGUUCCCAGAAAGAACGCAUACACGGACCCGGAACGUGAACUCCACUGCCAGAUCGGCCAGACAAGGUAUGCGAGCCGAUACUUUGGCGCUUCUCUCUCCAAGACGCUCGACAGGACCUAUGAAGCCGUCAGCUUCAUCAAGAAAAGGGCGUGCAAACGCGAAACGGCCCAAGAAAAUCCCUUCUUUUCGCCUUCUCCGGUAGUGGUUUCGCUCACAGAGCUGGAGAAGCACCGCUCUUCGCCAGUAUUAGACAUCCACAGCCACACUACGACAUGCAAGCAGAUGGCACUCAACGCGUUGUCACAGGCAGCAGAACAAGAGACCCUGGAAGGUCCCAAGAAUGGACUGGACGAGGGCCGAGGACAGGAGCUUGUUCCUGAGGCUGAGAUCCGAGAGAUUGUCAAAGAAGACUUCCGGGCGAGGCAACAACUAAGUAUUCGAAGCCAUUCGAUCCAAGGCAGCCAAUCCCCUCUGGAACAUCCGCUGAGAAAAGAAGAGACGUAUGUCGAUCCCUUCUCGCUCGAGAAGGAGCGCGCCCGUAGGAUUGAACGGGACAAUGCAAACCUCAAGCAGCGCAGGGAUCUUUCGCGCGAGAGGCGUCGCCGUUACGCUGAGCAGCGGGGCGAGCCUUUCUUCUCGAGCGAUCAAGACAUUUUUGAACAGCUCAAGAAGAGAGAGUCCGAGAGGGAGCGAGAUGCGCAGCAGCACAUGCGCGAUCUUCACGAUCUCGCAAAGUCAGAAAACGACCCCAACGUCAGCCGUCGAGCGUACGAGGCAUUACAAAAGCUGUCCAGUCCCGGAAAAAGCUCCAUUCUGGACCCCACCCAGCCACAUCGACGUAGAAGGGAAAAGAGGAAGUCCUCUGCCAUCGAAGACUACCAAGAGAAAAGCGGCCAGUGCUCAACUUUCGGAGUGUCUCCUCAAUCACAACUUUUCCCUUACGAAAACGAUAGCGAGACUUUGGAAGGCUUCCAGUUUUACCCAACCUGGAUGCACGAGGAACAUCCAGUCGUAGAGCCGGUAGGAUACCGCAACGAGAACGAUGUCCUUCAGCAGAAUGAGGGCUUUAUGACGAGCGCGAUCGAUGACCUCUUAAAUCAGAGUAAAGAGCAUGGAAACAAUGACCUAGACCGGGCUCUCCUUGAUGGAGAUGGUCCACCUGCUUUUGAGAAGACAGGAGGAGACGAGGUGUCUGGGACAGAAGAAGGGUCUUUACAGACCGUCACCCAUUCACGAGACGAUCGCCAAGCCGCCAUCGAUUUACCGACAAUCUCGGAUACACACCCCGAGCGUACAGAAGAAGCUCUUGGGAUUGAAGCAGAUCAAGGAUCAAAGGAAUCGACUAUCGAUCUAGCAAACGAUGAAGACGAUUUCGAGGAAGAGUUUCCAGAGGAAAUGAGGCGCAAGGUGGACGCCGAGCUUGCAGAGAAGAGACGCAUUCACGCCUUGCAGCUGGAACCGCGGUCAGGCCUGACGCAUGAAGCUGAACAGCCAUUGGAGAGGUUCGCCGCGGUUGCGACUAAAACACAGACUGGCGAAGCGAUUAUUGCAGACAUGAUGGAGGUCGACGAGUGUCAGUCCGAAUUGACUUCGACGGUGGCAGAGGAGGAAGCGCAGAAGGGGCAUGCUCCGAGGCCAGAGGACUUCGACCACAAAAAGUCCUCGGCUGAUGAGCAAACUCUGGUGAGCACUCACGAGAGAGUCGCAACUGGAAACGGCAAGGUCUAAUCAAGUGGUUCGUCAGCAACAGAUGGAGCAUCUGUAUCUUGCACAUAGUCCAGAC